AUGGCUUUCGGUCAGCGUGGUGGACGUGGUGGUGGUGGUGGUCGCGGCGGCUUCGGCGGUGGCCGCGGUGGAUCGCGCGGCGGCUUCGGUGGAGGCCGUGGUGGAUCGCGCGGUGGCUUCGGUGGAGGCCGUGGUGGAGCCCGCGGUGGCGGCUUCGGCGGUCGUGGUGGAGCGACUCGCGGUGCUCCCCGUGGUGGAGCCCGUGGUGGCCGUGGAGGUCGCGGUGGAGCCCGCGGUGGAGCCAAGGGCGGUGCCAAGGUCAUCGUUGAGCCCCACCGCCACGAGGGUAUCUUCAUUGCGCGCGGCAAGGAGGAUCUGCUUGUGACCAAGAACCUUGUGCCCGGCGAGUCCGUGUACGGCGAGAAGCGGAUAUCCGUUGAUGGCCCCGACGGCACCAAGACCGAGUACCGUGUGUGGAACCCGUUCCGCUCCAAGAUCGCUGCCGGUGUGCUUGGCGGUCUCGACCACAUCUACAUUGCCCCUGGCAAGAAGGUGCUGUACCUUGGGCGGUGCUUCGGGCACCACCGUGGUGCUGUCUACGCUGUCGAGUUCUCGCACCGCUCUGGUCGCGAUCUGAUCAACAUGGCCAAGAAGCGGACGAACGUCGUCCCCAUUGUUGAGGAUGCGCGCUAUCCGCAGAAGUACCGCAUGCUGGUGCCCAUGGUUGACGUCAUUUUCGCCGAUGUCGCCCAGCCCGACCAGGCCCGUAUUAUUGCGCUCAACGCCCACCAGUUCCUCAAGAACGAGGGCCACAUCGUCAUCUCGAUCAAGGCUAACUGCAUUGACUCGACUGUUGAGGCCGCCAAGGUGUUCGCCAGCGAGGUCAAGAAGCUGCAGGAGGAGAAGAUUAAGCCCCAGGAGCAGCUCACCCUCGAGCCGUAUGAGCGUGACCACGCCAUCGUCGUCGGUGUGUACCGCCCGGAGAAGAAGUAA